CCACUCCACUACUGUGUCUCAGAAGCUCAUCACGCGUCAGGUACCAAGGCAAGAACACACUAACAUGGAUGCCCAGAACAAGGAGGUCGAUGCCCUGGUCCAGAAGAUCACCGGCCUCCACGCCGCCAUCGCCAAGCUGCCCUCGCUCAGCCCGUCCCCCGACGUCGACGCGCUCUUCACCGACCUGGUCACCGCGUGCGUCCCCCCGAGCCCCGUGGACGUGACCAAGCUCGGCCCGGAGGCACAGGCGAUGCGGGAGGGCCUCAUCCGCCUCUGCUCCGAGGCCGAGGGGAAGCUGGAGGCGCACUACUCCGACAUGCUCGCCGCCUUCGACAACCCGCUCGACCACCUCGGCGUCUUCCCCUACUACAGCAACUACAUCAACCUCAGCAAGCUGGAGUACGAGCUCCUGGCGCGCUACGUCCCCGGCGGCAUCGCCCCGGCCCGUGUCGCCUUCAUCGGCUCCGGCCCGCUGCCGUUCAGCUCGUACGUCCUCGCCGCACGCCACCUGCCCGACGCGGUGUUCGACAACUACGACCUGUGUGGCGCGGCCAACGACCGUGCGAGCAAGCUGUUCCGCGCCGACAAGGACGUGGGCGCACGCAUGUCAUUCCACACCGCCGACGUAGCGGACCUCACCGACGAGCUCGCCACGUACGACGUCGUCUUCCUGGCCGCGCUCGUGGGCAUGGCUGCCGAGGACAAGGCCAAGGUGAUCGCACACCUUGGCGCGCACAUGGCGGACGGGGCGGCCCUCGUCGUGCGGAGCGCGCACGGGGCGCGUGGGUUCCUGUACCCGAUCGUCGAUCCCCAGGACAUCGGCCGAGGCGGGUUCGAGGUGCUCGCCGUGUGUCACCCCGACGACGACGUGGUGAACUCUGUCAUCAUCGCGCAGAAGUCCAGCGACAUGCAUGCGAAUGGAUUUCGCAACGGGCGUGGUGGACAGUGCGCGCGGGGCACGGUGCCGGUGGUCAGCCCACCCUGCAGGUUCGGCGAGAUGGUGGCGGACGUGAGCCAGAAGAGAGAGGAGUUUGCCAACGCGGAAGUGGCCUUCUAAUCGCUGCGACUGCGAGGUCAUCAUCCAUACGCCGCUGCUAAAUCGCUUGCAAUCGUACAGUACGUGGUAAUUUUCCUACUACUACUGCCUAUAGGUAUGCAUUUCAAGUCAUGUAUUGUUUGUACCCAAUAAUUAAUCUAAGUGUUGUGUUUACAUGCGCAUUUCUUGUACACUCGGUCUAUGAAAGGCAGGGCAGAUCAGGAUAGUGUGCAAACGAACAACCGUAUGUGUUAUUAUAGGCGUGUAUUUGGAAUAAGAUGAUUUUCCUUCACAAAAUAGUACGAUG